GUCUGGGCGGGACAUAUGGCCACGCCUCCGCCAAUAGCAGCGCAGCUAGGCGGGUCAAGAUGGCGGCGCUGGCGGCGCUCGCUAGCUUCAGGGCGCUGCGGCUUUGCGGACGGAGCAGCCAUUCUCUUCCUGACUGGCAUCUGAUAAGAGCCCCAUCCUGCACCACACAGAAUGGUGCCUCCAUGCCACUAAGAGUGCAGUGGGUCGCGUCCUCUGCCUCUGGAGAGACCUUGACUGAUUCCAACGAGGGGCAGAUUUACCUCAGCGAGAACUGUGUGAAGAGAUUGUUGGAGAUUGCAGAAGCAUCUGAGUUUCUGAGGCUGCAGGUAGAAGGAGGUGGCUGCUCUGGUUUCCAGUACAAAUUUUCUUUGGAUACAGUUGUGAAUUCUGAUGACAGGAUUUUUGAACAAGGUGGUGCCCGAGUGGUUGUGGACUUGGACAGUCUGAGCUUUGUGAAAGGGGCUAUGGUGGACUUCAACCAGGAGCUAAUUCGCAGCUCAUUUCAGGUGGUCAACAAUCCACAGGCAGAACAAGGCUGCUCUUGUGGAUCAUCCUUCUCCAUUAAGCUUUGAACAACCAUCUCCAUGCGGACCCUAGUGGAUGCUGAGUGGCAUAUCUCCUUUUCAUUAUGUUCAGCUUCCAACUGGUGUCAGUUGUAUGGUACCAUGCAAAUAGUCUGGACUGAGUCUCGGAUAAGAACUGAUAUCUCCAGGAUUAGGUGUGAAGUGGGCAGGGCACCUGUGUUUUCCUUAAUCCCAAAUGUAUCUUCUCAGUAGGAUUCCUGAUGACUCACUGCAUAGCACUUGAUCACCUUGGGAGAUAUGUGUACAUACGUCUGUAAUUUAACAUAUUUUGGUUUUUUGAAGUGAUUUCCCACUGCAUGUAAUUUUCAUGUAUGUUAAUAGGCAUAUUUUUUUCUGUAUUUUCAUUUGUACCCUGAUGAAUGCACGGCUGAGUUAUUGGGGCCCACAGCUGCUCCCCAACCUCCACACAUUCAAAAGCACCUGUUGCAUGGUGCCUAUAUGCAUUUGAAUGCACUUGAGAUCCUGUACAGAUGAACUGGAACCCUGGGAAAAGGAGCGUUGCUGUGUACAAAGUUUUUAAGGAUUGUCUUGCAAGGGAAUUUUGUUGUGAGGAUGUUGCGAGUACCAAAUGGGGAGAAGUUUAUGUUGCAUAUGUUCCAUAACUUAAGGUUUCCUUUCUCCUUUUGCCUUCUCUGAAUGGUAAACAAGAGGCAUUAAAAAAACCCCACUUGCUUCAUCUUUUGGCCAAGAUGCUCAGUAUUGUUGUUUUAAAGGAAGUGUUGCGUAAUUACAGUGCUAAAUAAUUAAUGCCUUGACUCUGUUUCUCCUUUGAAAUCAGCUGGGAAUUGAAAGCUUCAUUUUUGGAGUAGAACUGGGCUGAGCAGCACUGCAUGCCUCUAGAUAAUUUUUUUGUUCUUUGACCACAGAGGAAAUCCUGUAUCUAAUUAGUGGACUUUUGGAAGGCUCUUUGGAGGUAUUUAUCUGUGAAGGACCUGCAACCGAGUAUUGGUCAUAACAUUUGAUAAAGUGCCUAUAUUUGUGCAUCGUUCUUUGCAGUGACCUUUGUUGUUGCUGAGCUGGGACUGAUUCCCCCCACCCCAGGAACCUCAUCUGCCUUUUGGAUUAAAAAGUUCUCCCUAUUGCUGGAUUUAAUUUCUUACAAGUAACAAAGUGUAAGCUGUAUGUUUCCAAAUGGGAGCAUAAACCAUAUAGACGAAUUAUUAGUUCAUUUGAUGCGUUCAGAAAAACUAAGGUAAUGAAUUGUGUGGCUUGCCUGUUCCUAAAAAAGCAGGUAACUCACAUUUGCUUAUUUUCUUUUAUAUCUGUCAUCUUCAGUUUUAAGGAAGCAGACAUGCUUGUACGAAGAGCGCAACUCCUUUUCCAACGGGUCUGACACAUCUACCCCAAGAAGGAAUCAAAUUUUAAAGUGAAGGGCAUGCCCUCUUUGAGGAAUAGUGGGGCUUUGGGGGGCCGUUUCUGGAGGAGGAAGCCUUGAGAGUAGAGAAACUUGAUCUGCUAACCUGGAGGAUUUGGGGGAGCGGGGGCAGGGUGUGUUAAUUUUCCCACAGUAUGGGGAAAUUAGAACAUAAGUCCCAGAUCCAUUUACCUGUUAUCUCUAGUCCUUUCUACAUAAAUGUCAAUUAAGCCACCUCUUUUUUCCUUGCUCCUCGGCUACAACUGAUAGGGUGCAGAUUCGGAUUCCCUAUCUACUAGAAUUUAUAGCAUUAUUUCACUAGGGGGCAUCCUUAUACUUUGAGAUGCAAAUGGCUGAAGAAAUUGCUUGUGGAAAAUGAUGGCUUGCUUGGUUGUGCUGUGGUUGGAUCUGAGGCUGAGAAGUAGUGCAUAAGUGCUGCUUUGUUUCGAAAAUCUCAUAUUCAGGAGUAUGCUAGGCAGUUGGUUCAGUCUGUGCAAAAUUCUAAAGCCUUGACUGCUGCCUGCUGCUUAAAAGGGUCAUUUCUUGUAGUCCAAAAUGUCCAGCAUAGGGAGGUGGUGGUGUCAAGGUCCUGAAGUAGAGCAAUGCAAAGGAGUGGCAAAGAGGGAGGGGCACGGGUUGUUAGAGCCUUUAACAAAGGAACACAAAUGCAGUUGAGAAAGAGUCUGAUCACAAAUUAUUUCAGAUUCCCUAGGCUAUCUGAGCACCAUGCAGAUUUGCUUCUGCUCCAAAGCAUUCAUGCCCUUAAAAACUUGAGAGCUUCCUGAAUCCCCACUUACUAAAUGAGAAGGAAGGCAGAGAGAUGGUGUAAUAUUUUAAUUGUGUUGAGAACAUGCAAUUUUCACUAAAUGUUUUGCUGAGAGCGGUUGUGUUUUCAAAAUUGCAUAUAAAUCAGGCGUCUGACACAUCUGACCAUAUAUGACAUUUUCACUAUAUUGUGUAUGUUGGUGCAAACCAAUUCAACUGAACAUACCAUCAUGUGUAGAUUGCAUGUAUGCCUAUUUUACCAUAGUUAUACAUUUUGGGCAAGUAAAACAAUCCUGUUUGUGACCUUCACCCCUUAUAGCAAAAGGAUGACCUUGGAUAUGGAUUUUCACACUCUAGAAUUUCUUUCAAGUUGGCUUUGGUAUUCAAGACUUAUACUAUUUGACUUAAAAUACACAGUUUCCUGUUUGAGUGUAGCGAUCUUUUUUAGCUUUAAAGUAUCUCCCAGCCCUCCAGCACCAACUUGGUCCAAGGAAAUCAUUGACUGCUACGGCAUCUGUGUUCAGCACCAAUGUAGGAAUGAGAAGAGUAAGUUCUGUUCUGUGAUCCAAAUUGAGGUGCUCUCAAUGUGGAACCCUCCCAGUGGUGUUGGACUCCGACUCCCAUGAACCCCAGCUCAUGGUUAAGGAUGAAGGGAAUUGUAGUUCAGCAUCUGAAUGGCAUCAUGUUGGCUACCCCUGAUCUAAAUGGUUUGUUUGGUCCUUACAAUGCCAGCAUUCUUAACUCUCACAAUGUGUAAAUGAUGAAUCUUGGAGAAAUAAAUACAAAACUUAAUUUA